GCUCAGAAGCGAGCCGGCUGUCAGGCGUUACGGUGCUUAUUUCUUGCUGCUCCGUGAAUCUCUGUUUUGUUUCCAAUCUGCUGCUGCUGCUGCAUCACCCCCACUCGUUUUGAUUUCAUUUUGAAAAUCAGCGGAAUCUACACGCAGUUUUUGGCGUCAAACCCCAAUCAGGCUUAACUUUAACGUCGUCUGCUGUGGUUCAGUUUGGGCGUUUGGGAUUGAUUUGAGCUGCACACGACCACGUUUUUGGAUUUUGGCAAGCCCCUUCGUGCAGUGUUGUUUUCAUUGGUUUUUUUCUCACUUGAACGCGGGAUACUUUUUGCUCCAGUGUUGAGUGAUCGUGUUUGUCUCUAUCGGAUAAAACUUUCGUGUCAACGGCUAAUAAAUCAGCAAAAAAAUACGAGGGUUUAAACUUACAUCGAGUAAGCAGUGCUUGGUUGUUGAAACAACAAAACAACAAAGAGACAAGGAUCUUUUUUUGAUUUCCCUCCAAUUGUUGGCCCUGACUUUUCUGCACGCGUUUUCCUGUUUGAAAUUACAACCAGAAAACAUCCAACAAGAAACACUCGAGUGCAACCAGGAUCUGUUUGUUUCGCCCAUUUUCAACCACAUGGAACUACUUGGCUAUGAAUGAGGAGCCGUCGUCGACACAGUGAACAACAACAACAAGUUGGACUGUCACACUUCCUGCAUCGAGUUUGGGGUUUUCUCCGCGUUUGUUCCGAAUAGCCGAGCAUAAGAGCUGCAGCAUCUGCAGGUCAUUGGAGAGAGGCGAAAGGAGGAGCCCGGAAGUUGCGGGAUUCCUAUCAAGGAGUGAAUCCUGAGCGAGGAAUUUUUCUUCCCCUUCGGACAGCCGCGUCACAGCAAUUGACCGCCAUUGGAAAAGUGACGAAAACGACACGACGAGAAUCAACCCAGUUUUCCAUUGUUUGCCUCCUAUCAUGAUCGAUUCCAUAAACAUUGCCUACAGUUAUUACCAGAGACCAGAGAUGAGCAACCGCAACAUUUUUGAAGCAUCCAGUAAUUACAGCGCCAUGCAUCAUAACAACAAACGAUUCAGACAAUCGUCGUCUCCGGCGGAUAACAGACGACGGGAUUCACAUUUGUUCAGGUGGUCGCUCGUGGUUUUGGCUUUCGUUUGCUCCGUGGGCGGCUCGAACGGCCAAGCCAACGGCCAAUCGUUGCGACAAGUGCAGAGAUUCGAACGCGAACCUGAAGACCAGACGGCCGUCGUCGGUGAAACUGUGGUCAUGGCCUGUCGUGUCCUUAAUAAGGGUGGCGUGCUUCAGUGGACCAAGGACGAUUUCGGUCUAGGCAGCGACCGCAACCUGAGCGGAUUCGAACGAUACAGCAUGAUUGGCACCGAAGACGAAGGCACUUUCUCACUGCAAAUUCGCCCGGUGACGUUGGAAGAUGAUGGCCGUUUCCAAUGCCAAGUGAGUCCCGGACCUGAGCCGGCCUCGAUGGCCAUUCGAUCGCGUUACGCCACUCUAGCCGUCACUAUCCCUCCAGAGCCUCCUCAGAUCGUGCAGGGUUCGCACUUGAUCACGACGGAGGAUCGAGAGGUGGAGUUGGAAUGCCAAUCUCGUUCCGGGAAACCAGCGGCAGAGAUUAUCUGGUUAGACGGCGAUGGCAACUUGAUAACCAAUAACGUGGAAGUCUUCAAGGAGGUGCUGGCUGACGGCAAACGAACCAACGUCAAAUCUGUGCUGAAACUCUCACCCAAGAUGCACUAUCACAACAAGAACAUCACCUGUCAAGCCCAAAAUGCGGCCGAAAGGUCACCGAGAAGCGUAUCGCUCCUGAUGGAGGUCAAAUAUGCGCCUAAAGUGACGGUCACGGUGGAGCAGGGACGAAUUGCCGAGCUGGAAUCGGUCCGUUUGUCGUGCCACGCUGAUGCCAACCCGCCCAACGUUGUCUACAAGUGGUACAUUAACGACGAAAUCGCCUAUGGUGAUUACACGACCGAACUGACCAUCGCCAGCGCCAGCCGCAAACUCAAUGGCGCCAUCGUCAAAUGUGAAGUCACCAAUGCCGUCGGCAAAGGCGAAGAUAAUCAGACGCUUAGCGUUCACUACAGUCCCGAAAUCCGCAGUCGACCCAGCAAUGUGGAGGCGGAUAUCGGCAGUAAUGUGACCCUUCGUUGUGACGUGAAUGGCAACCCGGAGCCUGAAAUCAGCUGGACUUACGAAGGCUCGAGGCGUGUCCUAAGUACUGGGCCGGCCUAUACUUUCUGGAUGAAUCACGAUAUGGCCGGGAAAUAUACGUGCACGGCACGUGUGCCUGGUUUUGCUGAAGUGUCGGCGGAUGCUCACGUUUUCUUGAAAGGUCCUCCAACUGUACGGAGUAAACGGAUCCAAUUUGGCCAUGAAGGGGACACGGUGCGGAUCGAGUGUGUAGCAUUCGCUGUCCCUCGACCGUCUAAAAUAACAUGGACUCACCGAGGAUACGAAAUCGAUGCCGGUGAUCCUUACGUUACGUUCGAUAACGAUCCACUUCCCGACGGAGUACGCAGCACAUUAAUCAUCCGAGAAGCAAACGACAAGUACUUUGGCUCUUACAACUGUUCAGUAGCCAAUGAUUACGGCAUGGAUGCAGCGGAAAUUAUUCUCCGAAAAGAAAGCGGGAAUUUGCAAUUACUGUUCAUCUCUGCCGGAGUGGUUGGCGGUAUCGUCGUCUUGAUUGCAUGCGUGAUGAUCAUCGUUGUGUGUCAAAGAAGAUCCAAUAAGAAAGUUGAAGAGGGAGACAAAGGUGACAGAACGUCUAAACAGUCGGAUCAAACGUCCAACAACGAUUCCGACUUGAAGGUUGACAUCAGAACGGCGUCGUCGUUGAGUAAUCCGCCGGAAUCAGAGCAGUGGGAUGACAGCAGUGAGAGGAUUACACCUCGGGCUGUCAUCAGCAACGGAGAUGCAAUGUACCGAUAUGCUCCUGGAGACUAUACUGACGCCCAGUGCUUCCCACCUCCUAAAGCCGAAGGUCACAACAACAACGGAUACGUGCCUUAUGUCGAUUAUGGAAGAGACUACAAUCCUGCAUUUGCCGGCGUAUCGAAUAGUCAAGCCUCGUUGUACGCCACCAACCCACACACAGUUAUACCAAUGACAGGCAUCGAUCCGCGCUUUUCGGCCGCUUACGGCAAUCCCUACUUAAGAAGUUCGACGACGUCGCUCCCGCCGCCACACUUAAACGGUGGUCUAGCGACAUACGGUUCGGUCAGAAGCGGUCCAGCGCCUCAAGUUGCGCCUGCACGGACGCCACCUCCAUCGGCUGUCUCUCCUCAUUCUCAGUAUAUCGUGUCAAACAAAGCCCAGCUCAAACCGGGUACUUUGGCAACCCACGUCUAACAAAGGAAUUUACCCCAUCAUAUUGUAUACAAAUCUAUUAUUUUUUUUGCCUCUUGUUUUUCAAAACCGUUUUCCAUCCUAAUCCUUAUAAAUAUCCAAGCUAACCAGUUCAUUUGUCAUUUGAAAUCCCUUUUGUUCUGUUUGAUUUUGGUACUUUAUUUUUUUUGCUGAUGAACCUUGUUGUGUGCCGUCGCCAGUCAAUGCCUCUAGUUUCCUCUUCGACGACUUCCAACUACCUUGAUGAGAUCCAGAUGGCAGAGGCUACUCAAACCAGAAAUUUUAUGAAUAUCAUGUACUGUGUCGUGCGUGUCAGCGCACGGCGUCUCUUCCCUUUUCUCGCUGGAGAAAAAGGUUUACAAUGCGGGUCAAGGUGUCUAAAUGCGGAAUGCCGAGAAGAAAAAGAGAAGACAAUCGCAACUUUUAGGCCGGUGGUCUUGUAACUUCAGUCAAAAUAGUUGUUGUCUGUGAGCUAUAAAGAGAGAAACUUGGAAAUUAUUUUUCAUCCGAAUUUGAGAUUGAAGUCGUGACUUGGGAGAAUUAAGGCUCCUCGUGGUAGGUUCCGCAACGCGCUUGACACACACACAACCACACAACUUCCUUGCCACCAAUGUAAAUAUUAAAAAGAGGAACUUCGGUCUCUUUAUCAAACGUGUUUCCGAUUCUCGACUCCGAGGUUGUACAAAAAUCCUCAUCCAAUUGUACUGUAAAUAUUUUCCAUUGAAUUCAAGAUUAUGCUGCCUGUUCAUUUCGUCAUGCCAAGUGUGCACUGUCCUCACCGUUUAUGACUAUUUAAUCAGCCCAAGAUGCCAAAGUUCCUGUGUUAAAUCGAUAAUCGAUCAAUCACAAACGGGCAAUGAUUUAAUAUUCUUCAUAAAAUACCGUAAGAAAUUUAUAGCCACGGCGAGCAAUUUUUGUAACAUGUUCUGCUGAAUUUUUCUAGCUCGGAUCAGCGGAAGAAAAGUAUAAAAAAUGUGACACGAUUUUUCUUGUAUACAGAUUGGCCGAUUUCGUACUUGAGGAUUGAAUACACAAUAUGUUGACUUUGAAA